AUGGCCUCACUCGCCAACACGGCCCUCUUCACCGGGCUCGACCCGCUCAGCUGGACAUACUUCCGGCUGCCUAUAGCUAGCCUCUACACUGGGAGGAAGCAGGAUGCAACCGCUGUCGGCGACGACGACCUGUGGAGCGUGAGCGUAGCUGGGCGGCUGGUCAAGGCUGCCGAGGUGACCGGCAUGGUGGUUCAGGUUGCCCGCCGCGCCCGCCACACCCAGUACCUCAUCGACGACGGAACAGGGUUGCUCCCGGUUGUGUGCUGGCUACCGGACGGUGUGGUCGAUGCUGAUGCCGAUCCAGAUGCUCCGCGUGUGCUGGGCCUUGGCGAGAGUGUGGUGGCUCGCGGCCGGCUGAGCUCGUUCCGCGGCGAUCUGCAGAUGGUGGCAGACUCGGUGUACGCGAGCUCUGAUCCGCACGCAGAGGCCCUCUCGUGGCUGGUGGCGACGCAGCUCACUGUCGAGCGCUACACCAAGUCGUUUGAGCCGGCCCAGGUACUGGCCCCGGAUCUCCUGGCGGCGGCGGCUGAGCUUGCAUCGCGCCCGCCGCCGGCGCUCGGUCGUGAGAUGGACCGGGAGCAGGGAGCUGUCGACGAGGGCGGCGAGGCCAGCGGCGACGAGCCGCCCCGCGAUCCACAAGCGGUGUUUGCAGAUGCUGUGCUAGGCGCUAUUGCCGCGACCGGUACACGGUCGUACGCCGAGCUCCGCAGGCUGCCGGAGCUCAAUGCGGCGGCUCAGGUUGCGCUGGCAGCGGUGCCGUCGACGGUCGAGGCGGCGACGCGGCUCAAGUCGCUGUUUGUGCGCACCUUGGCACGGCUCGUGAGCGACGGGCUCAUCUUUCUCCAGGACGAGGAUGCAGACGUGUACGAGGCUAUCUCGGUGAGCCGCAACCUCGGGCCUGCGCUACUGGCGCUGGUGGCGGAUGCGCGGAACCAUGACGUGCGGCCGGGCGACGGCUCGGUGUCGGGCGUGACUGCAUCUGCGCUGGUGAAUCUUAUUGCUGCCUCGCCGUCGUUCUGCAACGUGGCUCGGAGCAGAGUCUUUGACGCUAUCGCGGUCCUUGUUGACGAGUCGUACAUCUUUGAGUCUGCACCUCGUGUCUACGCCGCGCUGUAGCUAGCGAGAGCGCUGCAGCC